AAUGUUGGUAAACUUCACGUGUUUCCGGGUAGUUCGCGGGAAAUGACUAGUAAUGUUAGGUUAAUUUCGUUGAAUAUAAAGAGAAAUAUUUUUCGUUCGAUUUGUGAAAGAAAUAAGUCUUUUUGAUAAAUUGAUAUAUUUUAGAAACGACAAAUAAUAACAAAAUGUCAGAAUCCAUAUCGUGGACCCGUACACGUGAGGAAGUAGUAAAUCUUAUGAAUUUGUUGGCCUGCAAAAAAUGUGAACAAAGACCAUUGGAACCUGUGAAACUUACAACGUGCGAGCAUCUUUUCUGCCAUAACUGUAUACACAAAGAAUCAAAAUGUUUUGUUUGUCAAAUUCCCUUUCAACCAUCGGACCUCCGUCACGAUUUUAUUACAGCCAAUAUUGUUUCCGCUUGCGAUUUAAUAGUCGAUAUUAUAUUUAACGAAGGUGACACUGAUCAAUCUGCUAGUGAGUCAGAAGGAAAAAACGAAAAAGAAACUCAAAUCAAAAGACAAAAUAAUGACCAAAAAAACGAAAAACCAGAAGAAGAAGAUGCAGAAAAAUUACCAGAUGAAAUUGAAGAACAGAAAAAUGAAUUAAAAAAUAAAAGGGGAAUGGAGAAAGAAAAUAGACUCAAAUAUCUCAGACAAAAGAAGCCGCAAAUUGAUAUUAAAAAAUACCGAAAUAAUACAAUUCAACGAGAUAAUGAGCCCAUUGAAGAGGAAUGUGUCAAGAAACAAAAAAAAGUUGAGAAUCUAAAAAAAAUGGAAAAACAGAAUGAAAUUGAAUUUGCGAAAUUGAAGAAUAUUGAGAAACGAAAUAUUAAGCGACAGGAGAAAAUUGACGAACAACAAUGCGACAAAGAUUUGGAUUAUCAAGAGUCACAAAAUGAUUUAUUUAAGUCACUAAAAUUAUCGACAGUAUUUCAUAAUACUAGAUCAAAGGAUACUGUACAAGGAAAUAUUAUAGAAGAAACACCCACUUCAACUCAAAUGGAGAAAGAGGAAAAUCCUGAUGAUGAUACUGUGAUACUCAGUGAAACAGAUGGACUCGAAAGUACGAGAAAUACAGGAUUCAAUGUGCCUAAAAUUAGCAAAGCAACAACAUCGAAAAAAAGAACAAGCAGACGAUCAAGUACUUCAUCGUUAAAAGCACCAACAAUUCCCAAGAAUGUUAAUAGGAAAAAUAAAAAAGGAGAAACGUUGUUACAUCAGGCUUGUAUUAAGAAACAAGAAGAUACUGUGAAAAUGUUAUUAAAUAAUGGAGCGAAUCCAAAUACGAAGGACAACGCCAAUUGGACUCCUUUACAAGAAGCAGUAAUUUUAGGUCAUUAUCGAAUAUGUGAAAUGCUCUUAGAAAAAGGAGCAUCUCCAAAUACUCCCGGAAUUGAUAAUAAAACAGCACUUCAUGAGGCUGUGAUAAGUAAUCAAGUCAAAGAAGCGGAAUUAUUAUUACGUUUUGAAGCCAAUCCUAAUGUUUUCGAUCAUCAUGGAAAAAAACCCAUUGAUUAUUGUCAAUCUGAUGAAAUGAGAAAAUUGCUGUCCAGUGAAAAUUUACUCAAUGACUCGAGAGAUCUCAAUAAUUGUUCCUUGAGUUCAUCAUUUGCAGGAAUAUCCGUCAAAAUUAUUGUAUUCGCAAAUAAUUUACAACCAUCAACGAAAGAGUCAUUGUCCGCAUUGGCUUUGAAGCAUAAAUUCAAAAUUGUAAACUCUUUUCAAUCAAAUGUUACGCACGUUGUUGUCGAAAGUGAUCCAAUUACUUUUCCCAAUUACGAUCUAUUGUUAUCGGUUCUUCAUGGGAAAUGGAUCUUAAGUAGUGAAUGGAUUGAAAUCGGUUUGAGCAUGGAAGGUCAAGAUUUAAGAGAAAUGGAUUUAGACAUUUUUGAAACGAAAUUUUGUUUAAAUGACGAAACUCCAAGGCGUGCCAGAAUGAAUGCAGAAUUACAGAAUCCAAAAUUGUUUAACAAUUGUUCGUUCUACUUUGCGCUGAAUUCAAAUGAUCUUUAUCCAGUGGGACAAAUGGAGCUGUCGAAGAAAAAUCUAGUGCAACUUUGCAAAGAAGGUGGUGGAUGUUCAUUGACAAGGGAACCAAAUCCAGAAGGCAUAUCCGAUCAACGAAUUCCUUUUCACGUUGUCGACAAUGUUGAUCACCCGCUUCAUAAUUGUGCACACUACAUUAUUUAUUCACCUGGCAAAGAUGAACCACGCGUAAAAUAUAAUAUGCCCCACAUCAAGACACUGCCGCUCGUUUGGUUUAUAGAAUGUAUCGAAAAAUUCACGCUCGUCGAUCCAGCACUCUUCGGAAUUUUAUGAAUUUGUUAAGUAUAAUAUCAAAUUAUCAUUUUUAAUUAAGUCUUCCAUUAUUUGUAUUUUCGUUCCAAUCAUGUAUAAAUGUUCUUCAAAAAUCAUAACUUAAAGUCGCAAUUAUUUAUCGUUUUUCGUUAUAUAUACAUACGAUUAUUAUAUUAUUAUUAUUAUUAUUAAUUAUUAAUUAUUAAUAUACUAUAAAUGUUCUACGCUGUGUUCUAUUUGUUAUUAAUAAGCAAAUUAAUAAAUUUUUUUAUUUUCAAAUAUUAA